AUGACUUCUGCCAAGCCGGGCAUGAUGGCCUGGGUCCCCCGGGGCCUGUUCUGUCCCUGUGCUGGGCUCUCUGUGCUGCUGAGAAGCAGUGGGAUAGAACAAAAUGGCAUUCUGGCCAAUCAGGUAGCCGGGGUCACAGGGUCCACUGAUGGGAUCAGCUUCGCCAUGGCUCAGCGUCUGGCCCAGGAUGGGCCCCAUGUGGUGGUCAGCAGCCAGAAGCAGCAGAACGUGGACCUGGCGGUGGCAGCGCUGCAGGAGGAGGGGCUGAGCACUGUGGGCACCAUGUGCCAAGGGGAAGGCAGAGACCAGGAGCAGCUGGUGGCCACAGUCCUGGAGCACUGUGGGGACGUUGACUCCCUGGUGUGCAGCUCAGCGGUCAGCCCCCCGGUGGGGAGCACCCUGGGCGCCAGUGAGCAGGUGGGGGACAAGAUCAUCCUUGUGAAUAUUGAAGUCCCGGCUGUGCUGCUGAGCCGGCUGCUGCCCCUCGUGGAGAAAAGGGGGGAGGUGGUCCUGGUCUCCUCAGUGGCAGCCUAUAUUCCACUUGCCAAAACAGGAGCCUACAGCAUCAGUAAAACGGCCCUGCUGGGACUCACCCAGACCCUGGCAGUGGAGCUGGCAUCAAAGAACAUCUGGGUGAACUUCCUGGUGCCAGGAAUCAUCAACACAGACUGCAGUCAAAUGCCCAUAUAUCUCCAUUUGCAGCCCUCCACUCAUCCCCAUGAGGGUCUUGACUUCACAGCGUCCCACAGGAACCCAGAGCUCAUGGGAAGGUGUCACCACUCUCAGCCCCACCUCCUCUUUCUGUGCAGAGUGGAGUGGCCUGAGGACUGUGCAGAACUGGUGUCCUUCCUGUGCUCUUCAGAUGCCAGCUACAUCACUGGCAAGAACAUCAUGGUGCCCAACUUCUCCCCCACCUCUGAGGGGUAUGAGCACAGAGCUCAGGCUUGCCUCUUGAUGUGAAGGCCCCAUGUGGUUCUGGGCCACCGUGUUGGAAAACCUCUAUUAAUGACAAGCCUGUGCUCAAUAUACACACUUUGAGUUCAGAAUCACCAGAGGGUAAAAUAGUAAAGGAAAGAA